CCAGUUUCCUCCUAAUACUGUCCUAGUGAGUGCUGUGUAUGCAGUAUCACUCUCAAAGCCUCUCCUCAAACAGCUCAUAUUAGAAAUACAGCACUGCGUUAAUUUAACAGGACGACCAGCUCUUAGUCGUCAUCUCAAUUUUGCCAUAGCUCCCCUGAGCAUACCCAGUCUUCCUUACCAGUUCUCCAUAGUCGAGGGAGGAGAGUUCAAACCUGAUAGUUGGUAUGGAUCCAUUCAACGUAAAGAGUUCUGUUUGGUGUGUGUGCUGGGAGAAGGAUCAGCUAAUAAAGGUGGUAAUGUUGUCCAUAUAGCAUCAGUUAAUGGAGACACAGAGGAAGGAGAGGAGGGAGAACAGCAACCACAACAAGAGGAGAAUGAGGAGGGAGAGGAAUCAGAGGAAGAAGUUGAGGAGCAGUUGAAUUACAAGGAAGAAGAACAAGAAGAGGAGGAGCAAGAUGAGGAGGGAGAUCAAGAGAGAGGUGAUGAUGAUGAUGACAGUGAUUCCUCCAGUGAUAAGACUAGCAGUACUGCACCAGGUGCUAGUGGAGCCAAAGAGUCUGCAAAAGAUGGGGAGAAAGCAAAGGAAGAUGAUGAUUCAAAAGCAACUGGUGCUGCAGCCACAUUGCCUCUGCUCCAAUCUGAGAAUAAGACUGAAGAUAUCUCUGAUAGUCCAGUUAACAAGGAGUCCACUGGUGUAGCAGAGGCUAUGUCAUAUGCUGGAAUACUUUAUUACAAACAAGAUGGAGUCCAAGACCUAGUUACUUUUACUUCAGCUAAGAAGUUAAAUGCCCUUCUUGAGUUUAUUAAGAAGGAGCAUUCUGAUUCAAAAAUUGGACAAUAUGUUUACUUUCGGUUUGUGCCUACUCAUAGUUGUGAUGGUAGUCCAUACAUUGAAUUGAUGUUUGAUACUCCACAGAAGAAACCUGCUAUUGGAUGGACUAUUGAGCCUCACAUAGAUCCUUGCAGAUUAUAUCAAGAUGAUGUUGAUAAAUUUGGAAAAGAAAAUUAUUCACUUCCUCCGUGUUGUCUGGUAUCAGUCUAUGGAUCACCUGGUGCUGUACCAUCACUACAUUACUCUGUACCACUGGAUGGAGUGGUUCGUCCUGUUACAUUAUUCAUUCAUCGAUCACUGAGAACUGCUCCUCCUCCAAUAGUACAAGGUACUAGCUCAAGCUCCUCUACUGCUAGUAUCAGUCAAACCAGCAGAGACACUGAAGGAGGUACAUUUAGAUCUGAUAUUGCUCAUAGAGUAAUGACAGAGAACAUUGUCCUAAUAAAGGAAACUCAAAUUGAUCUUUACUUUUUAGCCGAUAAACUUUUAGAGAAGAGUAUAAUAAAUGGAAGAGAGAGAAGUCAAGUAACUGAUGAACACUGUGGACUGACAGCUGAUCAAAGACUGCAUAAACUACUUAACAGUAUCAUAGGAACCAUUAGAGUGGAUGGAGAAGUAUUUGGUAUAUUCUUAGAUAUACUCAGAGAGGAAGGUACUAGAAGAACUAUUAAAUUAGCUGAUAAACUAAUAGAAAAAUAUAAUUAUAUUUAA